AUGGCGGAUGCGCUGUAUGAGCUGCUGGCGCCGUACUUUGACGAUGCCUCCAAUCCUCCGGCUCCACGAGAGGCGCAGACAUAUCUUUCCCGUCUGAGCACCCUCUCCUUCCACGACCUCACCACUUCCGAGCCGGCGUCGCUGCUGCAAUCCGCUCAAUCGCAUCUUCGCAGCCUCCAAGCCCUGUCCAAACGCUCCCACAAGGCCGUCAUCUCCUCGUCGACACAUCUCGCCAAUCUUUCCUCCCUCAUCCCACGCUUGGCCACCCAAGCAGAGGCAUUGGGCCGUGAAUUGCCAGCAUUGGAGACUGCGGCCGCCGACUUUGCCCAAAAGUACGACCGGAGUACCGAGAAUGCGGUCUUGGACAGGAGGAAACGGGCGGCAUUGCUGUCACGGAAUGUGGAUCGAGUGUCGGAUGUGUUGGAUCUGCCAUCUCUACUGUCCAACACGGUGACGGCAGCGCAGGCGGGCAAUGCUGCUGCGGCUUCGGGGACAGCGUCGACGACAUCCUAUUCCUCGGCACUUGAUGUUCACGCUCACAUCAAGCGAUUGAGRGCCUUGUAUCCUCAAUCAGAGCUGGUGGGAACGAUCGCGGAACAGUCAGAAGCAGAGAUGCAGAACCUGGCUGCAAUUCUAAUCACUUCGCUGCAAAGUCCAUCUUUAAAGUYGGCAGCAGCCAUGCGUACGGUCGGUCUUAUACGGCGAGUUGCGCCAGAACUGGCGGGAAAUGAUCAGCAUGUCACGAAACCUAGUCUGCUUUCAACAAAGUCUUCAGUUUUGAUUCCCACAGCAAGCAGCAAUGAGGGAUCAUUGCCUUCGUUGUUCCUAGUGUGUAGGCUACACAUGCUACACAAGACGUUGGAGGCAUUGGAUCCAUUGCGUGACUUGGCUGAUCAAGAGUCCGUCCAGCGGGCAAAUCAGAGCAAAUCAAGCAGCAAGGCUGCACAACCCUCCGCCUCUAGCACCUCCUCGUCACAAGGCAGCCAGAGCGAGAGGUAUCUGAAACGGUACAUUGAGAUAUACCGCGAGCAGAGUUUUGGCAUCCUCAGCAUGUACAAGAGCAUCUUUCCUUCAAAUCUGCCAGAGCCUGAACACAAAUCCACGAGCAGCACUGUCAAAGACCCUUUGUUACCCCUUCCACCUCCGGUCUCUCCAUUCGCGCUACACCUUGUCGACAUGCUUGAAGAUACACUACGAGAAUAUCUUCCCAACGUGGUCGACACAGCCACUCGCGAAUCCCUGCUCACGCAGGUAUUGUAUUGCGCAGGUAGCUUGGGUAGGCUCGGAGCCGAGUUUGGGAUGAUGAUAGCUCUGCUGGAGGAUGACCUGGCCGAACAGCAAUCCAAAGAUGAGCAGGAGUUGGAGUGGGUUCAGGUGAUGAAGAAGCAUCGCGUACAGGCMAGCAGGCUGGAGAUACUUGCACGUGGUGUAGGUGGAAACUUGAGGAAAAGCAGUAUGGAGGUGACCUCGCCGUCAUCUGCUUCUCCUACCUCGACUCCGCUGGUAGCUGGAUAG